UUUACAUAUAGCGAAGCUGCGCGUGAUUUUCUUUCUCAGAAUCCGUCCGUGACAGUUUGGGGAAGGAGAAUAGCAGGAGUGUAUUUGGUUAAAAUGGAAGACUCUAUGGAUAUGGACACCAUCGCUCCCCUCCGCCCGCAGAAUUUCCUCUUUGGAUGUGAACUUAAAGGAGACAAAAAAGAAUAUUCAUUUAAAGUUGAAGAUGAUGAAAAUGAGCACCAGUUGUCAUUGAGAACGGUUAGUUUGGGUGCUUCUGCUAAAGAUGAACUUCAUGUUGUUGAGGCUGAAGGAAUAAAUUAUGAGGGUAAAACCAUUAAAAUUGCACUUGCCUCACUGAAGCCAUCUGUGCAACCAACGGUAUCGCUAGGUGGGUUUGAGAUAACACCACCAGUAAUUUUGCGGUUGAAAUCGGGUUCAGGACCAGUAUAUGUCAGUGGGCAGCAUCUCGUGGCUUUAGAAGAUCUUGAAUCCUCCGAUGAUGAAGACGAUGAUGAACAAAUACCCAGUCCAAAAAAUGCAAAAAGGGCAGCACCAAAUGCAGCAUCAAAGGUUCCUCUGAAAAAAACACGUCUGGAGGAGGAAGCAGAUUCAGAUGAGGAUGAUGAUGAUGAGGAUGAUGAUGAAGAUGAUGAGGAAGAAGAAGAAACACCAGUUAAAAAGACUGACUUGUCUACAAAAUCAAAGGUGGCUCAAAAGUUAAAUCACAAUGGGAAGGCUUCGGAAUUGUCUGCAACACCAAAGACUCCAAAAACUCCAGAGCAGAAAGGAAAACAAGAUACAAAGUCUCAGACACCAAAGACACCAAAAACUCCUUUGUCUUUUGAGGAAAUGAAAGCAAAGAUGCAGACUAUAUUAGAAAAGGGAACUGUUCUUCCUAAAGUGGAAGUAAAGUUUGCAAACUAUGUGAAGAAUUGCUUCAGGACUGACAGUCAGAAGGUAAUUCAAGAUCUUUGGAAAUGGAGACAGUCACUGAAAGAUGGAAAAUAAACCUGCCUCUCUGUAAAUUUUAAUUUUUUUUUUUUUUUUUAAAUCUAUCAUGGGCCAAGUGUUUUAAAAUGUUAAGACUAAAACGCAUGCUUUAUCAAAAUUAAUUUUGUUCUUACAUUGACGUUGAAAUUGUGCUCAGGCAAAUGGUUAGAAUGCUCUGAUGUACAUUAUUUUACAUUAAAAAAAAAAAAAGUUAAUUACAGGUAGCUUUUAUAAAUUUACCUUAGGCAUUUUUAUUCUAAGAUAUGAGCUGACUGGACUCCUGACAAAUUAUCAUGAAAACUUAACAUAAACCCAUAGCAAGAGCUCACAAGUAGUGGGACCGUGAAUGGUUCACUGGCUCUCCUGGAAACCCAAAAUUGUUCCAUCGUAAACGCAAAUAAUAUUUUUAAAUGGAUUUUAUUGGUGAGAUGACAAGGGAACAUUUCAAUAAAUGUGUACCUUCUCCUUUAAGCAGACUACAUGGAGACAUGGAACAUGUUGAUGAUGUUUAUGUAUUCUCAAUUUCCCUACAAUAAAGCACACUGUCAUAUUUAACCAAA